AUGUAUCACUACGUCGACCCGCAGGGGCGCGAGCAGGGGCCGUUCGCGUACGCGCACCUCGCGAAGUGGUUCAAGGCGGGGUACCUGCGACCAAACUUGGGAUGUCGACGACAGGACGAGACGACGUACGCGCGCACGGUGACGCAGGCGCUGCUGGAGGACGGCGCGAUGCACGGAGUGCCGGAACACAUGCUCGGGGAGGUGGUGCGACCGACGACGGCGGCGCGGACGGGUGGGGGGGGGGCGACGACGGUGAACGUGCCGCCGCCGCCGGCGACGACGGCGACGACGAGCGUCGGAAGGUCGGAGGAAGACGUCGCGGAGUGCAUGGAACGUCUGAUGAUGGUGUUGGAUCACGUGCUGGCGAUCGUCCUCGAGGGAGGGCUGCGCGCGGAGUUCGGGGAGGUGUGGAUGGAUAUGUUGCACACGCCGCCGCCGUGGACGCUGGAGACGACGCUGCGCGAGCUCAAGGCGAAUUGGGGGUCGUUGUUCUCCACGCAGCCGCGACGAAUGCGAGAAAUUGAGGUUUUGCUCGAUGCGGCGAUUCGACAGCGCAAGAAUCAGCCCAUCGCGGCCGGUGGGUUGGCAAGGGACGUUUCGAGCGCGGCGGUGGCGUUGUUAAACGCGUGCCCGAAGACGUUUCCGCCGGAAGUCAUCGAACAUCUCAGGGUGGCGUGGGAGGAGUGCGAGAAGAUACGCGCGCACCUUCACGCGUGA